AACAAUAAAAUGUGAAUGUCGCCCCCUGCAGGACGCGUGCGGAUGCUGCCCCAGGCCGUGUACCUGCUCUACGGCCUGUUAGAAAAUGGUCACAGCGUGUACGUGCACUGUAACGCAGGGGUCGGUCGCUCUACAGCCGCCGUGUGUGGCCUGCUCAUGUACGUCCUCGGCUGGAGCCUCAGGAAGGUGCAGUACUACCUUACAGCCAGGAGGGCGGCGGUGUACAUCGACGAGGAGGCUCUGGUGCGAGCACAGGACGAUUUCCAGCUGAAGUUUGGACGUUUACGGUCCUCGGUUUGCUGCUCGGAGAUGCAGAAAGAUGGGCAGUGUUAGACUUGAACUUAAGUCAAAAUAAAAUAAAACGUAAUUUUCACUCUCA